GAGGAUACCUUUAAGGAGGAGGAAGGAGUGGGGGUGGAUGCAGCUUUAUCAAUAGCAGGUUGCCUCAGAUGAUCCGGUUCAAACUAGUUCUGCUGUAGGCUACAUAUGCGACCGAGGCUCCACAAAGAGCUAACAGAAAGAAAAAUACUUUUUCAUAUGUUCUUCAAUUUAAUUUUUGCAUUAUUAUUGCAUAGUAUUCAUUUGAUUAUGUGGAAGCUUAUGCGCAAUAAGGUGCUGCAGAACAUUUUAUUUGUGUAAUAAUAUUGUUUUCCAUCUGUAUAUAGCAUCCUUAUGUAUAUUAGUAGCAUCCUUUCUCAUCUUUAAACGGGUGCUGUGGCUAUUAAACGUCAACAAAACCUCCAUCAUCGUUAUAUUGAAGGUGUCCAAAAUAAAAAGCACAAAUCAUGUCAGUUCUGUUGCUGAGAGCCUGGUUGUAUAAUACCAGUCCCGGCUGAUCACAGGGAGUGUCGGUAGAGGACAACAAAGGAUCCAGGAUCCAGCACCAGCAUCGCCGCCACACAGCCGCGCGUAAAGCCGGUGUAUACUGUCGCCAGAUGGGCUAGAUGGGAGGUUUCAGAUGCGCAGAUCGAAUCUCCUCCAUGUUAAGACUGAUGUGUGGCAGGAGGAGCAGGAGGAUGAAUAUCACUGCAGUGCAGCAGAGCUGUCAGUCAACACUGCAAGAGGAGGCUGCACACACACACACACACGCACACACACACACACGCACACACACACACACGAGGGCGACUACCAGCUGGAUUUAACGCUUCAUAGCUUCCUUUUUAAUGUCAUAUCAGGAUAUUAAUACAUCAGAAUCAGAAUGGUGUUUAUUGCCAGGUGUAAGAGGUAUACACUAAGAAUUUGCUUUGGUUUUGUUGGUGCAAGAUAUUAACAGUAUAAUAACAAAAGAAUAGAUAAAACCCGUUAGAAUAAAAUAAGAAUAAAAAAAUUGAAUUUCUACCAAUAUACAAUAUACAAAAUAACCUAUAAACAAAAAUAAACAUGAUAUAAACAGAUGCAAAUAUUGCCAUGUCUACAUGUCUUACAUCUCAUUAUGCACCGAGAUAUGAGCUCUGAUAGAACUAUUUUCAAUUCGAAUGGAAUUAUAAACCUACAUUCUGAAUUAUUAUAAGCUCCAAUUCGAAUUCGAAUUCGAAUUUAAUGACGCAUCGCCCCUGCGUUACCUUGCGCCUUUGUGCUGCGUAAUUGCAUCCUUUUGGGUAUAUAUCUCAACAAAUCCUCCUCAUUCGACGACAUUAUGAAGACAAACCUGAUCAGAAACUCUACGCAAUCUCCCCCCAUUCUUCUACCUCAAAAUAAACCGCACACUUGGCCUGUUGAGAUGCAGAGAGAGAAGAGACACUGUGUCGGUCUCUCUCUCUCUCUGUGGCGGCUGGUGUAAAUGUUUCUAGAGCGCCCUCUAUUGGCCGACCUCCACUGCAGUCUCCCUCCUCCUCUCGUCCAUCAGCAUGUAACUAACCAAUGUGCGCAUCGAGAGGACCAAACCAAACCCCUGAACCUGAAUCUACCCGCCCUGCCUGCACUAUAAAUACUGCUUGAAUCACACCGGCAAGUCUUGGUCGUCAGAAAACGCUCAGGGUUGCAGCAGAAACAUCCCCCUUUUCGUCUUAUCCCCCUUCAUCCGUUUCUCUGUUUUUAAAAAAAAAAAAAAAACCCUCAUCCAUCAUUUUCCACUCCCCAUUCUUCUUUUUUUCCCCCCUCCUUUUUUUUCUUCUUACAGAACUGUAGUUUGUGUUUUUGCAGGCCAGUUUGCAUGCAUUUUUCGUCUCCCAAAAUGGUUUGCGAGACUAAAAUUGUUGCGGACGAACACGAUGCUAUACCUGGGACCAAAAAGGAGUCGAUGAUGUGGAGCUCUCCUCCUUCUCCUCCUCCUGCUGCUGAGGAGGCUAAGGAUGCGAGGAAAGAUGCGGUUUUUAUCCGCGAGUUCGAGUGCGCGGAUCAGGAGGAGGUGCGGCGCAUCUUUUACGAGGGUAUCAUGGAGAGGAUACCCAAUACUGCAUUUAGGGGGCUCAGACAGCAGCCCAAGACCCAGUUUUUAUAUGCUCUUCUGACAGUAAUGUGCUUUUUCGUGACCAAAUCCGUCACGCUGACGUGCUGCACGCCCCUCAUUCUCAUGGGCGCGCGCUACUACUACAGCAGGAAAGUUAUCCACAGUUAUCUGGACUGUGCUCUGUACACGGACAUGGCUGACAUAGAGGCGUAUUACAUGACACCCGCAGGCUCCUGUUUCUGGGUGGCAGUGCUCGACGGACGCGUGGUGGGGAUCGUGGCGGCACAAUGCCGCGAGGAUGACUACACGGUGGAGCUGCGGCGCAUGUCGGUGGACUCUCGUUACCGCGGCAAAGGCAUCGCAAAAGCAUUGGGUCGCCGCGUUCUGGAGUUCGCCGUGCGCAACAACUACGCCGCCGUGGUCCUCGGCACGACGGCUGUCAAGUUGGCCGCCCACAAGCUGUACGAGUCGCUUGGCUUCCGCCGAACGGGCCAGAGCGAGGACUACAGGCUCCCCGGGAUGAGCCGCUCGCCGCUUGAGAAGCUCUUCUUCCAGAUCCGCUACAGCCGCUACCGCCUGCAGCUCCGUGAGGAGUGAGAAGUGACAGGGAGAGGGAGAGAGAGAUGGAGAGGGGGAGAUGGAGACAGAGAGGGACAGAGAGAGAGAGAGAGAGAGAGAGAGCAACAACCCUCCUUCACCCGAGAGCCCCGACCGCAUCCUCUCCUCUGACAGCUUUUAUUUAUUUUGUGUCAUUAGAGAUAACUUUGAGUACUACUUAACACUUCUACUAUUUCAUCUUUAAAGUCACUAACGUUUUCAUUACUAUUAUGCUUUUGUUGCUGUUGUUUUUGUAUUAUACUUUUUACAUUUUAAAUAAGAGUUUGUUUCUUUUUCCUCUAUUUUAUUAAGCUAUUUUUUGUACCUUUACCCCUCCCUUUUUCAUUGUGGGAGAAAAAAAAAGAGGCUUUUAUAGAAGACAUCUAACUGGCACCCCAACUAGGCACCCUCCCCUGCCCCUUUGGUUUAAAGAUCAUGUGACUCCGAUCAAUACUCCCCUUCAUUACUACUCCACAAUGCCCUCUUUACCCCUCCCCCAUUACCUCAAGCCCUCCCUUCCCUCCCACAUUAUCCUAAUUUCCCCACAGCAAAACUCAACAGACGUAUGUAGACGCAGGAGAGUCACGGGGGGGGUGGACAAAGCAAGGGAUGGGUUGGGAGGGGCAGCUUCCUCGAGAGCAAAACACACAGGAAAAAGUGGUGGGGGGAAGCUUGUGGUACACACUCUCUUUUACAAAAGCACUUCAAUGUUACAUGUUGUGUGUGCGUUGUGGACAGAGCGUGGUCACGCACACACAAACCCAAGUCAUUUGGCUUUUAGCCCGUCUCUCAAGACACCAUAUUGAAGCACAGCGAGAGUGUGUUACUGACCCCCGCAGUGAGGGAGAAGGAUGACAGGAUGGUGUCCGGAAUAUGCACUGUGUCUCCUGCGUCCUGGAUGGACAUGAAUCAACGCAGUGCAUCUUCCUCACUCCUCCUCUUCUUCUUCAUUCUCCUCACUGAUUAUCUGAUUGGUUUCCUUUCUAUUGUUUUAUUAAUCACCGCUUUUCCUCACCGGAGCUGCGGAGAGAGGGGCCUCUGAUUGGUUGAGGUGACAGGAGGGUGGAACUUUCUCGCUGACGAUACAAUAUAGCUGCAUGUCGGAGCUUGUGUGUGUGUGACUGUUGAGCGUAUGUGACCGCGUGUUUGAUGAGGCUAUGGUCAGACAUUACAACACGCCUCAACAGCGAAUGAUGAAGUUUAUUUUGCGCGAACAGACGCGCACCGUGCUUGCUAUGAGUCAAGUGUUAUCUAAGUAAACAACUACUUUCUACUUUGUUUACUGAUUGAAGAAAUCUAACAUUUUGAAUAGUAUUUGACUGAUAAUUAGUUAUUUUAUAACUUUAAACACAUAUUACCACAUUGUAAUAUGCAAAAUUUUACCGUCAAAACUACGACAAUAACAGAGUAGCUGCAGACUGCACUCCACAUACUUAAUCCAGGUUAUUGGGGAACAACUUGGGUAAGACGUGACUACUAGCAAUACUUGCAAACCUGCAGUACAUAACUGAGCACAAGCAGCGAAUAAUUAUUCAAACUAAUAUAUUGACACUAGUAUCCACCCUUCCCCAUAUAUUUAUAUUGUGUAUACGGUUGAAAACUCAUGUAGCGAACAAAAGUUUCUCCCAUAACGCCUCUCUCCAUCUCCAUCUCCAUCUCCAUCUCCAUCUCCAUCCUCUGACCGUACAACCAGCAGUAGAUCCACAACUAUGAGCCUAAGUUAUGUCGUCAUACCAUUUGUAAAAAGUAACAUAUAAAGCAAAAUACAACAAAAAAAAUCACAUAAGAUGAAAAAAAAGAAAGAAAAAAAUUGAAUACAAAUGUAAUCGUCAUGAAGUUAGCAAUGACUCUCCUUGACUUGCCACCCUUCCCCCCCCCAAAACUCUCCCUUCCUCCCAUUCAUGAAUCUGUCUGCAACCCUGGGCUAGACCCCACACCUUCCAUCUGAACCCUCCACCGACCUUUGACCUUCCCCGUCCCAGGCCACGUCCAUUCCCCGCCCAUCUCUGCAUGCGCCACAGAGCCUUGCUGCACUGCUUUUAUUAUUCCAUUUGAAGCUUGUUGGACCAACCCUAGACCCCGCCCCCUCCCUACUCUGACGUCAUCUAGGCAGCGCGGCGCUCUACUGGUGCCAAACUGCAAAGGGUGAUGUGUGGUUGUAUGAGUGUGAUGCAGAAGACACAGGAAGUGAGAGAGAAAAAUGUGUGUGUGCAGAUACACUCACCGGCCGCAGCACUGUCUGGAUGACGUCACGCCUGCCAGCCAACCAACUGUAGAAUGCAAAAAGCAAUGCAAGUGUGGCAUGCCUCUGUACCCGGUGUGUGUACGGUGCCUGCCCUGGAAAAGUGUAGAAAAAAAACUAAUUUAUAUACAAUAUAUAUAUAUAUAUAUAUAUAUAAAAAGAAAAUAAGCUUCUUUUUUAAAUGGACAUAUAAAAAGAAAUGUGUGUUGAAAAUUGUAUCAUUUGCAUGAAAUGUGUCUUUGAAUGCAAAAACCUUUAGGGAGAAUCUACUAGCACAUGGCAUACAGUUGAACCAUAGACUUGUACUUUUUUUAUAUUUUAUUUUAAAUGAUCUUAAUUAUCCAGGAGUGAAAUUAAUACCAGCCACGAGCCAGUGCUCAUAAAUCUUUAGGAGAUAUAGUUAUAUCCCAUUUUAAAAAACCUUGCGAAUAUUGAUAUUCAGAUUUAUCCGUCACUGGCUGGAGGACAAAAAAAGUUUCCUUCCUUGAUCACAGUGGGAGUGACAGUGAAAGCAUCAUAGCACUUCUUCUAUUAAACCAGCUUGUGGUUAAAGGGUGGACUAAGAUCAUCAAUGGGCAUUGGGCGAAUGAUGCAAGAGAUAAACAUGUAUUCUCAAAGUGAAAAAUCUGUCAUCCACCACAAGUCCUUUGCCAAGUUUGUCAUAUGCAGAUAAAGGAAAAACACAGGCAGCGGGAUAGUUUGAUGGUUUGUCUGUCAAAAGUGUCCUCAAACGCAACACUGAACCUCCACCUGUGUCAGCUAAAUGCCUAAACAUAUUUUGUUUUUGUUUGCUUGGAUUUCCACGAUAUAUUAAUAAUUAGGGAUGUACAUACAUAAUCCCCACAAUGGACAAAAGUUGACCUUAGCUGCUUUAGCCGUUGAGAUGCUUAUGUAUGUCCAGUCCCGUGGUUACGAAGGCUUCUACCCCUUCCCUUCUUUUGUUUAAGCCAUGUGUUCAAGCCACGUCUAGAGGAGGUUUAGCUACCGACACGUUCUUUGUCUUUUAAUUAGAGCCAACCGGAAGAUUUCCCUAUGAAAUUCUACAAAGUAAAAAAAAAGCAAGGCACAACAAGCGCACUGAAGGCAUCAAACGGUAUUGUUUUCAAAAACGCAUCAGAUGUUUUCAAAGGGCCCAACUCGUGGAGGAUGCCUCACACCACCUUGAUGCAUCUGCUUUGAACUCGGUUGUUUGCAGGAGAGUCAAAAAGAGGAGCAGGCUGUAUUUUGUGAUGUUUCUGGAGCUACCACUGGCUUUCAUACAGUACUUACUAAGCUAAGCAGGAAGUAGGUAACAUGAUACAAACAGUCAAACUAAAGUAUGAACACGAGAGAAUCGGACUAUAGAGCAGACGGUAAACCAUCCAAGUAAUCUGAUAUCGCAGUUGUGAAUUGUAGGUGUCAGUGAUGCCGAGGCUUUAGAUUUCCUCACAGAAACACAAUUGAAGUGUCAAAUAACGUAUGUCAGUUAUCCAUGCCAGUGUGCUUAGGUGCUCACUGUACAGUAUGACUCAACCUGUUCUUUAUAAGACUUGGUUGAGGUCUGGAGGUUGAGAGUGAGAGAGGAAAACAAACUGUGGUCUGGAUCUUGUGGACGAAUGUGAAGUCUGUCAAUUCUGAGCCAUUUCUGCUGCUGCCAAUCUCAGUUUUUGCCUGAUGAAAUUUAAAAUACUUAAAAUUCUCCCAAAUGUAUAUUUUUGGGAGAAAUUAUCCAUACUGGUACAUAUUCUGAACAAAGGUAAUAUCAUUCAAAAACGCCUUUGCCAAGGCCUUAUGCACUGGAAUCAAACGCUGGAGUUCUUGUGGACUGCAUGGCUUAAGGUAGUUAAGGGGUGAAUUUGAAUUGUAAAGCUGAAGUGCACUGACUAUAAUGCAUAUAUUUCAAGUCUGAGCAAUGUCUGUUUUCUACUUCAUGUGAAUGCUAUGCCAUGUGAAGUCUCACCUCCCGUUUAAAGCUGGCAACUCAUACUUAAUGUUAGAAUGUAGUAAUUAAAACUGUAUGCAACUUCUACCAGAGUGUACGUUUAGUUACAAACCAUUCCUCUGAAAUGUUCUGCUGAUGUACAAUCCAAAAAAACACUUUUUUUAUUUGGUUUUUCUGUGAUUUGUUUGAGUGCGAGCGUGCUGUCCUAUUGGUUGAGGUUUGAGAAGGUAUGCUGCAUAAAAAGGCCGCUCCUGCUGGAGAAGGCUCUUUUAGUUUCGAGUGCUUUAAAACCCAAAAAUGAUCAUCUGAUGCUCUCUCUCUGACGGCAGACACAGAGGCACAAGCUUCAACUUCGGCAGUUUUUAAAAUCUUGGCCAUUUAAAAUAUCGGUAUUUGUCACGAUCAAUAUUUCAUUCAGUUUAUCUACUGGUGAAAAGUUCAAAACUGCACAAAUGUACAGAUCCUGUGGGUGUGUUGUGUUACUCUGGUGGUGUGUGUCCAUGCUCGACAGCCUCGGGGGGGCGAACACUCACAGGCAUGAAUGUAAACUGCCAACAUUUAAAGGUCUUAGAAAUAUUUUUAAAUCUUUCCUGGUUGCUUUUUUUUUUUACUUUAUGAAUGAGAAGAACGGGGGGAAAAAAGCAGCUAUUGGUUCUUUCAUUAAGUGACUAAACCACUUCAUUAGAUGUUAGACAUUUUGUGUGAUUGUAAAUAGCCGUAUCUAUUGUUAAUGUAUUAUUUACUGUCAUCUUUGCUGGUUUUAACCAAUCCCUGACGGAGUUCAUUUUUUGUCUCAGAAGAUGGCUGUCGCCUGGAAUGUUCCACCUAACGAGGAGGGCGAGGGGUGAGGGAGGAAUGUGCCACAUUGGCAGUUAAAUGGGGGGCGAGUGGUGGGGCGGCGGGAUGGAGGUCUGCAGCAACAGAGCUCCGCAGCAUGGACUCCCUCUCUCUCUCUCUACCUCUGGCGAGGAUUUUUGCUCCGCUGUGGCAAAUACAGAAGGACUCACUCUGGACUGAGGCCACAGGUGCCAAGAACACAUAAGCACUUGUAGCACAACUGUGUCUUGUUUUGCUAUUACAGUUACAGAUAGUUUUGAUUUUUUACAUUUCCUAUGAAGAAUAUGGAUAAAGUUUCUCUUUCUCCUGUAUGUAUCAUAAGCAUAUGUACAAGACAUGAUACUAUAAUUGGUACUACGACCCGUGGCUAAUUUUUGAGGUGGAAAUUUGCCAAAGGUGACAGUAAUUGCUGCAUUUUUAUUCCUUAUGUGGCUAUAUUUUGUUCAACACAAUCCUGUACUUGGUAUUAUUUGGGAAAAAAAAAAAAUCCUGCCCACGUGCCAUCUAAUCAAGCAAUAAAUACAAACAGAAAACCACAAAAUAAUGACAUACUAUCAACAAUGAUUUUAUUAAAAAACAUGAAAUGCUGCAUUGAUGUUAUAUCCCUUAUACUGUAGCGUACACAGUAUUGGCAUUGCAACAUUACCACUCAUUACAUCGAAGCCUGAAAAGGGGUGUUUGAUUGUAAAAUGUUUCUGUUUUUUGUAUUUUUCUUUACAAAGAGGUGUCAAAGAUGUGUUUUUUUAAAACUCGAAGUUGAAGUACACAGGUGUACCUCUGCAUAUUUGUACAGAUGUCAAUAGGAAAUGGGGGAAAAUGACAAGAGGGGGACGCUGAAGAAUGAGCAGUUCAAGCAGACAGGAAAAAAGGUGGCGUACUCUGAAAGUGCAAUCUGCAAUUAAGUCUCUUAACGGAGCUUUUAUUUAACCACAAAAGACUUCCGGUUACCACGGAGACAUGCACUGCAACGUCACUACCGCCACUCCUGUCAGUGCUAAUUGAAAUAAAAAAAAAAAAAAACAUGCUGCAGCUGCUAGAAUCGCAACUCUCAAUCUCACAAGUGAGAUUCAAAGUCUUUCUUUGAAUCUGCAGGUUAGUUACUGUAAAGUUGUAUUUUACUGUACAUAGCAUCUGGGGGUCAUUUUUACUCCUUUUGUAACAGACACUGUGGAUUUAAAAUAUUUAAAAAAAUAUAUUUUAAAAGAUAUUUACAGCACUAAUAAAGAGAUUCUACAGUAGUGCAGGUGUCUUCAUCUGUAUCGUCUCAUAACAAUCCCACACUGACUAACGGCUGCCACUUUCAGGGGGCUACAGAGCACGCCAUCUUAGCCUCUCUGUCCCACACUGAUGGGUUCAGACACAGCCUUCCUUGUCCUGCCUGUCUGCUUGAACUCUCAAGAGAGAGCCUAAAACACUGCAACAGCAGCAGCUGUGUUAGCUUAUAGCACACAGCAGCCAUGGCCAUGAAUAUCAGUGGCUUCUGGACUGAGCUAUCUAAGCUACAGCGAGCUGCUUUAAUGCAAGAGGGCUCUCUCUCUGCCCUGGAGCCGUGUCAUGGCUGUUGUCUGUUGCCAGGAAACCGACCCGCACAAAGCACAGCAGGGGAUUGAUAUGCAGCCACACUGUGGGGAGGCAGGCAGGUCAACCAGCCGGCCAUGAUGGAGGAAUGGAAGGAGGGAUAGAUAGAUAGAUAGAUAGAUAGAUAGAUAGAUAGAAGAGAUGGGAAGGGAGGGAAACCUGGGGUUAGGAGAAGCUAUGGUGAGGAAUUUGAGAAAAGGGGCCCUGAGGCAUGUAAAGUAGAGAAGUGAGAAAAUAGCGACAGAGGCCCACUGGGUUAGAGAGGUUACAGGAAGAGAGUUAUAGACAGGUAUUGUGUGGGACAAGAUGCUCAUGUACAGUAAUAAGGUCAGGCAUGGUGUGGUGAUUUAGCAGAUUUAGUGAUUCCCAGGGAGACCGGUCUGCCCGACCUCAGUGAGACUGCAGUGACAACCUGGUUUUUAUUCGGGGUCUAUUAGCUUUCAGUUCCCUUUCUGCCAUUCCUUUGGAAGCCAGCUGUAUUACCACACCGGGAUUAUUAUUGUGAUUAUUAACCCUUUCUUUUAUACUGACAAACACCUGGAACACUGUAUAGAUGUAAAGAUGGGAUUUCAUGCAUUAUGACGACGGUUGAAACGUGGAUGUACAUAUAUUGUAUCAAUUAAAAAUGAUGAUGCAUUAAGCUUU